AUGGCAUACGUCUUCAAACGAGAUGGACGUAAGGAACGCGUUCAGUUCGACAAGAUUACUGCGAGAAUACAAAAGCUUUCGUACGGACUCGAUACAAACUACGUGGAUCCUGUCGGGGUUACACAGAAGGUUGUUGCUGGCGUGUAUCAGGGAGUGACAACAGUCGAACUCGACAAUCUUGCUGCUGAGACUGCAGCUUACCUUACAACAAAGCACCCCGACUAUGCGGUCCUCGCUGCUCGCAUCGCCAUCUCCAACCUGCAUAAAGAGACGAAGAAGAGCUUUUCACAAGUGAUGAAGGAUCUGUAUGAAUAUGUAAAUCCCAAGAACGGCAAACCAGCUGGCAUGAUCUCGAAGGAGACUUACAAAGUUGUUCAAGAUAAUGCCGAGCUCCUCGAUUCAACUAUCAUCUACAACCGCGACUUCAGCUACAACUACUUCGGCUUCAAGACACUUGAACGCUCCUAUCUCCUACGCAUCAACGGCCGUGUCGCUGAACGUCCCCAACAUAUGAUCAUGCGAGUCGCCGUCGGUGUCCACGGCAAAGACAUCGACCGUGUUAUCGAGACCUACAAUCUUAUGUCCGAACGAUAUUUCACCCAUGCAUCACCGACUCUCUUCAAUGCCGGAACUCCUCACCCUCAACUGUCGUCUUGCUUCCUCGUCUGCAUGAAGGAUGAUUCGAUCGAAGGGAUCUACGACACCCUCAAAAACUGUGCAAUGAUCAGUAAGACAGCUGGCGGAAUUGGCUUGAGUAUUCAUAACAUUCGUGCCACGGGAUCCUACAUCGCUGGCACUAAUGGCUACUCAAAUGGUAUCGUGCCAAUGCUCCGGGCCUACGAUGCCACGGCUCGCUACGUCGAUCAAGGAGGUAACAAGCGUCCUGGCGCUUUUGCCAUCUACCUCGAACCCUGGCACGCCGAUAUCUUCGAGUUCCUCGACCUCAGGAAGAACCACGGAAAGGAAGAGGUCCGUGCUCGCGACCUUUUCUUCGCUCUCUGGGUACCCGAUCUUUUCAUGAAACGUGUGGAGGCCAACGGUGAUUGGUCGCUGUUCUGCCCUAAUGAGGCUCCUGGCAUGCAAGAUGUGUACGGUGCUGUAUUUGAGGCUCUAUACGAGCGUUACGAGAAGGAAGGUCGUGCUCGCAAGACUAUUCCUGCUCAGAAGCUCUGGUACGCUAUCCUCGAAGCCCAGAUCGAGACUGGAGGACCCUUCAUCACCUACAAGGAUCAUGCGAACAACAAGUCCAACCAAAAGAACCUAGGCACCAUCAAGUCUUCUAAUUUGUGCACUGAAAUCAUCGAGUACUCCUCGCCCGACGAGACUGCCGUCUGCAACCUUGCCUCCCUCGCCCUUCCCAGCUUCGUCGUUAACGGUGAAUACGACUUCAAGAAGCUCCACUAUGUGACCAAAGUCGUCGCCUACAACCUCAACCGCAUAAUUGAUGUCAACUACUAUCCUAUCCCCGAGGCCCGCCGUUCGAACAUGCGCCACCGCCCCAUCGGCAUUGGUGUGCAAGGUCUUGCUGACGCCUUCAUGGCUCUUCGCAUGCCUUUCGAUUCCCUACCCGCCAAGGAGCUCAACAUCAAGAUCUUCGAGACCAUCUACCAUGCUGCCCUCGAAGCUAGUUCCGAGCUCGCCGCUCGUGAUGGUCCUUACGAGACGUGGAUGGGUAGCCCUGCUCAGCAAGGGCAGCUGCAGUACGACCUCUGGGGCGUGACCCCCACCGAUUUGUGGGACUGGGCUUCGCUGAAGGAGCAGAUUACCCGCACUGGUCUUCGCAACUCGCUUCUCGUUGCACCCAUGCCCACCGCCUCGACAAGCCAGAUCCUUGGCAAUAACGAAUGCUUCGAGCCCUACACGAGCAACAUCUACACACGCCGCGUGCUGGCAGGCGAGUUCCAAAUCGUAUGCCCAUGGCUCCUGCGCGAGCUGGUCGACCUUGGGCUGUGGGACGACAACAUGAAGAACAUGAUCAUCGCGCACAACGGGUCGAUCCAGAACAUCCCGACGAUUCCGGACGACGUCAAGGCCAUCUACAAGACGGUGUGGGAGAUCUCGCAGAAGAAGGUGCUCGACUUGGCUGCGGACCGCGGGGCGUUCAUCUGCCAGUCGCAGUCGCUCAACGUCCACCUGCAGGCGCCGACGAUGGGCCAGCUAACGAGCAUGCAUUUCUACGGAUGGAAGAAGGGUCUGAAGACGGGCAUGUACUACCUCCGUACACGCCCCGCGGCACAGGCGAUCCAGUUCACAGUCGACCAGAGCGUGUUGAAGGACGCGAAACUCCAGCAGCAGCAGGGAGCUGCGAACAGGGCCGCUGUUGCUGGCCGACCUGCUGUGCGUCCGAAUGGCAUCCCUACGCCGUCGUCCUCGGUCUCAGCCUCUCCGGUCCGUUCCUCUGCUGCUACGACGGCACCGGCAACCCCGGCCCCUGCAUUUGUUCCUAUCGCCAUCAAGCAAGAGCCCAUCUCACCUGCACCACUGAGGUUCGACUCUCCUGCACCCAGCACCAGCACAUUUUCCGUAUCAUCGGCGACCUCCGCCUCUACGGCAGCCACCGCCGUUGAUCCGAUAUCCGUGCAACUCGAUGCGCUCGCCCUCGACGAGAAGACGCGCAAGGCGGCAGAGGCGGACCCUGACUUCGCAGCUGCCUUGAUCAGGAAGCACGAGCGCGAGCUCGAGGAUGCGAAGUUACAAUGCUCGCUAGAGAACAAGGAGGCAUGCGUGAUGUGCUCUGGCUGA